AUGGAGCAGAGCUCCUGCACGGAGGAUCGGAUCACACACCUCCUGGAGCGCUGCCUCUGCCACCUGGCUCCGGACUCCCCCGGCAGGCAGCUGUGGAACGCUGGGCUGUGCAUAAGCCGCUGGUGUUUGGAGGAACUUGUCAAAAGAGAUCCCCACAACUUCCUCAUCCUCCUUCGAAAAAUAUUGUGGAAAACAAAAGAGGUUCUGGAGCAGAGCCAGUACGAGCUGGUGGUGCCCCUCACACUGCUCUUCUCCUCAGCCCUGCUGGGAGCCCCUCACGUGGAUCCCGGCAGCGGCGUGCUGCAGGAGGCCUGCCAGCUAUUCGGCAGGUAUAUCAUUUCAUCGUCUGAGCAGGCCGUUUCCCGUGGCGUUCACUGCUCUAAAACCAUAUUGGUGCUGAUGCUGAGCGCGGAUGAGGACGACCCUCCGGAGGUCCAGGCGGCGUCGGAGCGGCUGAGCGCCGCCCGCCACUCCGGCGGAGACAUCGCCACCACGCUGAUCCUGCACAGCCUCCAGGCCGCCCUGGGGGGCCAGCCGGACCUGCAGGCGCUCCACGCCGCCCUGCAGGGGAAGCGGCCCGAGGAGCUGCAGCGGCUCCUGGAGGAAGUGACCGACAGCAUGGAGACGGCGAGCUCCACGGCGGAUCACCGCGCGGCUCGGGAGGCGCUGUCCCGCAAAAUGAGGAGGCUCAGAGACGGCCUCCGCGCCGACUCCGGUCCCGCCGACGGCGUGGCGACCCAUGUGCUGAGAGACGUCCUCGCCGUGGACUCCGACCUGGAUCCCCUUCCAGAGUGUUUCCUCAAAGAGGGAACGGACGAGGACGAUAACGAAAACGACACCAGCGUGGACGAGGAGGAGUCGGACCAGGACUUUCAGAGCCACCGCGCCUCCACCGCCUCCUCCUCCUCCAGGGACUCCGGGUUUUCCGGCGUCUCCCUGUCCUCCAGCUGGUCAGUGCCGUCCGGCUCGUCGGGGGUGGAGAGCGACCCGAGCGAGGACCUGGCGAACGAGGACUCGGAGGAGGGGAGAGACGGCCGGACCGAGCUCCGGAAGAAACCCAAGAAGAAGUCCAAGUCCUUUCUGGGCAUGGAGCGCUUCUCCCUGCUUUUCAAAUCCCCCGGCAGUCCCAGACAGUGCCGCCGCGUCCAGAGCAUGGGUCACCACGGAGACGCCGGCAAAGACGGCCGCUCGGCUUGGAGAUGGGCGCCCCCCCGCCACGCGCCCGCCGCCCCGCCGGACGCCCUCUCCCCGCAGAAGCACCCGUGCGUCCGGCGGAGGCCCAUCCUGAGCUGCGACGAGGGCAGCGGGCCGGAGGAGUGGACCCUGGUCAAGGUGGUGGUGUUCGGGGGGGACCGGGAGGCCGGGAGGCUGGCCCGAGCCUACAGCGACCUGCAGCAGAAAGAGGCCAAGUGCCCACAGCUCACCCGGACCUGCAAGCUGCAGUUCUACUUUGUUCCGACUAAAAGGAGAAGUGGAAGUCCAGGAGGAGGGCACACGCCGACAGAAACGCAGACAGGAAGUUUAAGCAAAAGCGCCAACUGUGUGGACCUGAACCACGCCACGGCGGAGGGCGGCACCACGGGCGUGGCCCAGAUGUUGAGCAGGCUGGAUCCCUGGUACGAACGCAACGUCCUCAGCCUGCUCAGUCUGUCCUCUGACGUGCUCUGUCAGGCCCCUCCGAAGGACGAGGACUUCUCGGUGAAUUCCGGGAGCUCGGAGCAUCUCCCCCUGCUGGCCGACCUGGUGCUUUAUUACUGCAGAAAAGCCAACCAACCAAUCCUGGUACAGCUCUACCAGGCCGAGUUGACCCUGGCGGGGGGAGAAAGGAGAAAAGAAGUGUUCAUUCAUUCUCUGGAGCUGGGACACACAGCCGGGACCAGAGCCGUGAAGGCCAUGAGGGCCGCCAGCAAAAGGUUCGGAAUCGACGAGGAACGGGAGGCUGUCCCUUUAAACCUGAGUAUAGCGUACAACAAGGUGGCGGUGAGCGGCAGGAGCCGGUGGAUCAAGUCGGAGAAGGCCUGCACGUCGGUCAACCUCCUCAAAGCGUGCAGGAAACCCGAGCACCUCGAUUGGAAAGAGAGCCUGCAGAUGACCAUGACGGAGGUCCUGAAGAGGCAGUGCUCCAAGUCUAAAAAGGGCCACAACCCGGGGGGGGGGGGGGGGUUGACACGCAGGGAAGGUAAGGUCGCCGUACCGCGGACCGCCAAUCCAUGGAUCCCGUUUCCCUCCUCCCGGCAGCACAUCUCGGUAUCAGAGGCAAAGGUGGAUAAGGUGAGGGUGAUCGGCGGAGACCAUGGAACAACUUUCGCCGUCUGUCUGGAUCAGGAUGAGAAGAAGUUCAUUCAAAGUGUCACCAGGUGCGAAGUUUCUUUAUGCUGUAAACCGGGAAGCGGCUCGGACUGGAAAUCCUACAAACCACUACCAGGCCAGAUCCAACCCCUCAACCCGUCUUAUUACUCUCUGCUCUGUCUUCCCAUCACCUCUUUCUCUGCCUCGUGUCCAUGA